AAAAAAGGCUGACAAGCACUGAUCUAAACAAAAAGUGCAAAAAAGAGCUUUUUUGCAACGAAAUAAAAUAAUUAAGUUAUUUCACGUUCUAAUGGAUAAUUUACAGUUCCAGUAGAUUUAAAAUAGUAUAAAACCAACAAUGUUGUUAAAGUGGAUAGUUGUUCCUUAUUUAUUUAUUAUUUUAUCAUCAAAUAUUGCAUUAUCCUUGGAAGAGGAAGUUAAGCCUAGCGAAAAUUCAUUAAUUAGUUCAACAGCAAGUAUUAAUUCGAGUAAUGUAGACGCAAAUAAUGUCACUAAUCCAACAGUAUCAGUAGCUAAUGAUCAGCAUGAACCAAAUGCGACAGAGACGACCAUUACAUCAACCACGUCAGUUUCAUCGACAACAACAACAACGACGACGACAGAGGCAACAUCGUCAAAAUCGAGUAUAGAAAACAACAAUAUACAAGCAAAGAAUGCCGUAGAAGCCGAAAAAAUCUCCUCAAUGUCUCUCUUCUUUGUCCUUUGUGUAAUAGCAUUGGGAAUAUUGUUGAUCCAUUGCAUGCUACAGACCAAAGUUCAGUAUCUACCUGAAUCAAUCGUUACUAUAGCACUUGGAAGUUUGAUUGGUUUCAUCCUUAACUUUACAAGCAUAAAAGAAAUUCUGGAACGCGAAGAGAUUUUUUCGCCAACUGGCUUCUUCCUAGUUCUGUUACCACCGAUUAUCUUUGAAUCUGGCUAUAAUCUUCAUAAAGGAAACUUCUUUCAAAACAUUGGGAGCAUAUGUGUUUUUGCUAUUUUGGGUACAGCCAUAAGUGCUUUAGUCAUUGGAAGCGGCGUUUAUCUUCUUGGAAUUGCUGAUGUUGCUUAUAGAUUAAAUUUCAUCGAAAGCUUUGCUUUUGGAUCUCUAAUUUCAGCUGUGGAUCCGGUCGCUACAAUUGCAAUCUUUCAUGCAUUGGACAUAGACCCAGUUUUAAAUAUGUUAGUAUUUGGCGAAAGUAUUCUUAACGAUGCCAUUUCUAUUGUUCUUACUACUACUGUGAUGCCUACAAAGGGAGCUGGGGAAGAAUUGCUUAAUAUUGGACGUGGUGAAGCCAUCAUUUUGGCGAUUAAUCGCUUUUGUAUGAUGUUUUUCGCAAGUGCUGGAAUUGGCGUUUUAUUUGCACUAAUGAGUGCAUUGUUGCUUAAAUAUGUCGAUUUAAGAAAACAUCCAUCACUAGAAUUAGCCUUUCUACUCGUCGUAACAUACUGUCCUUAUUGUUUAGCAGAAGGGAGUCAUUUAUCUGGCAUAAUGGCUAUCCUUUUCUGCGGUAUCGUUAUGAGUCAUUACACCCACUUUAACCUUUCGACAGUCACACAAAUAACUAUGCAACAGACGAUGAGAACUUUGGCAUUUAUUUGUGAGACGAGCAUCUUCUCAUACCUUGGACUUGCCAUUUUCUCGUUUAAACAUCAAGUUGAAUGGGCAUUAGUUAUUUGGAGUAUUACUUUAUGCUUAAUUGGACGUGCCGCAAAUAUUUUCCCGUUGACUUGGAUAGUGAACAGAUUUCGUGCCACAAAGAUUACUUCAAAAAUGUCAUUUAUCAUGUGGUUUAGUGGACUUCGUGGUGCUAUCAGUUAUGCGCUUAGCUUACAUUUGGAAUAUUCUAAGGAAGAGACACGAAGAGUAGUAAUAACAACAACAUUAAUUAUUGUACUUUUUACAACUGUUGUUUUCGGUGGAUCAACAUUACCGUUGCUUAAAGUUUUACAGCCUGGCAAAAAGAAUCGUCGAGCAUUAAAUAAUAAUAACAAUAAUGUCAGUAGUACAAGCAGACCACGAAGUCAAUCGGGAAGCAGACCAAAAAAUAAGCAUAAAAUCAUUUCGCUAUCAAAGACUCGUGAAUUUGGUCAGGCAAUAGAUUCUGAACAUUUAUCUGAAUUAACUGAGGAAGAGGAAGUUAGCUUUACUAAUUCAAAACUUGGUGGAUUUGCACGAUUAGAUCGAAAGUAUUUUACGCCUUUCUUUACACGAAUAUUUUCGAAUAAGGAAUUAAGGGAUUGUAAGAGUCAAAUGACAGACUUAACAAAUAAGUGGUACCAAGCAAUACGAAUAGAUAACAACACGGAGGAUGAUGACGAAGAUCCUGAAACAAUAUCACAGAGAACUGAACGUACUAAUUCAACAGCAACAUUAAAUUCUAGUCGCGGAAAUAUGAUUUAAAGAAUGAGAAUAAGAAUAAGAGGUUUGCUCAUAAAUGACGUCACAGGAUGGAGGGGAUGUUUAAUUACACAGUUCUAUUGUACUUGUCAUUUAUGGACGACCUUUAAGUAAGUUUUCACUUUAUUGUAAGGGAUUGUAAAAAAAAUUUGCACAAUUUAUUCUGUAAUUUAUUUUUUAAAUGUUAACAUGCAACAUGUUGUGAUCAGCCAAAAAAAAAAUUAGGAAAAUGAUAAAACAAUGAAACAGGAAAGGGGCCGUUCACUUAUUACGUUACGCCAAAAACGACUUUUUUCACCCCCUCCCCCUCUUGCUACAAUAUGUUACAACUCACAACCCCCCCCCCCCCC